AUGGUUAUGCAUUCCACGCGUCAUAAAAAUUUAUCUUUUAUCUAUGCUGAUUUAUUAUACGGUAUCCACAGAACAUACAUUCUUCGCUCAAACAUGUUUCUUACUGUAUCUGAUCCAUCGAGUACAGCUCUUCAUAUUCUUUUACAUGCCAAUAUUGCCUAUACGAUCUUUUGGCUCCUGGCAGAAAUCCUUCUGUUUGUUUUCAAAUAUUACAAUCUAUACAGUGUGCGCCAUGCAUUUGGCUUGGAAUUAUCAUCUGUAUUUAUGUUGUGUCUCAAUGAUUUCAUUCGUCUUUUUUUCGGAAUUAAAGGCAAUUUACUGUUGAAUAUUAAACUUCUCGUUCUUUUUAUUGUUUAUGGAUUAUUUUGUGCAAUUGGUUUUGUUUUCUUCCUUCGCUUUCAAUCCUUUGCUACGCGAACUGAAGUGUUUCUUUCAGGGAUCAGUCUACUGUUAAUUCUAAUCGAAACUUUACUGGCCAUUAUCACACUUGUUCGCAAUAGUCGUGCAAUGCCUGUUCUAACAAAACAACAACAACUCCUACGAUUGAAUCGAGCGCAACAACGAUUUCAACGCUCGAUAAAAUCUGAUUAA